GAGCUGUUGAAGUGAGAAGGACACACAUUACGGGGGUACCUGACUCCCAAUUCCACUGAGUUGUUCACCAGAGUACUUUAGUCACAGAAUCAAACUGACUUUCAUUCCACUACCGGGUGGGCUCAAGUUGCACGAAUCCUAUUAGCUGGCUCACUGCACUGGCAAAUAUAAUAUACCCUGGUCCGUAGAAUAGAAUGUUAAUAGAAUAGAAUCAGUUACAAAAAGGUGUGAGCUUGAGCUGGUCGGCGGUUUGUAAGCUCGUGUGGGUGUUGUGGUGGAACCCAACGACAUAAAGGAGUUGUAGUAGAAGAUUCUGACGACGAAAUAUGUUUCGAUGUUUGUCCCUCUCGCUCUGUAAUGAACUCACCAGAGAUCAUUUAUGCGAGGACACGGUGCAGUCUGUAGAAGGUAGUGUGUACCUGUGUACUGAUCAUAAAGCCGAUCUACCCGUCACCUGCUGGAAUCCCCGUCUGUCGUGAUCCUCAAGUCCUAAACACACACAAGUAAAGGAGUUUCCCCGACAGGUUCCAUCAAGCGUAGAGUCGUCCAAGAGUAUAACACACCUAUCGCCAUGGAGCCGCCUUCUGUGACACAGUGACCCGGUUACUGGCAGUAACAAACCCACCUACACCUCACCUGUACCUCAUGCUGUGCAACUGUCCUGCGUGGGAACAUACCUGCUACCUGUGGUCAACCAGUAAAGUCAAUCCUAAAGGACACGGACAGGUGUCACAGUGCAGCAAACGGAUAUGGUGGCUUCAAAUCGUGUCUCGCCAUUUUCUGUCGCGGGAGAAUGAUUUUCAGAAGAAGAUGAAUCUCGACGAAGCGCUAAGAGCUUGUUGAAGACAUCAACAAGAUGAUCCUCAUUUCUUACCUGUACAUCACUGAAGAUUAUCGUACCUGCUCAAUCUUUUCUUCUUGUGAAACAAAUUAUUGCUUACUCUGUGCCGUCUGUCGACAUGACUUUAUAUUUAUCUUUGAGUGAUAGUUAAUUAGAGAACAUACUUCUAAUGCACCUGAAUCUUUAGCGAAAUUGCACAGAAGAAACAACUGAAGGAAAGUAGAGAUAGACAGAAAAAAAGAAGGCAGCAGCUAUUCAAUUAUUUUGAAAUUCUCGGUAAAAACGUUCACUACAACGAUCCAGGAGUCUCAGCCAACGUCCGUGCUACAACUGUGUGACCAUGCACGAAAAUCAUGAUCACACAGAGACAUUCGACUUUCUUCUGCUCUUUGACCUCGCCACGGGCAGUCCAAAGGUCAAUUACUUCAUGGUUGACCCCAGAUCUCCGUCACAUCUUUUGCCAAAAAUGAACUCUAUCAAAUUCAAGCAGCUGAAAGAUGUGAGCGCCUACCGCCCCGUGGUUCUCAACCACUGUCUGUACAUCAUUGGCGGCAGAGACUGGAACACGGGUACCUACCUGGCCAACGUGCGCAAAUAUGACCCGCGGGUGAACCACUGGAGCCAGGUAGCGCCCAUGACACUGGCCAGGUGUCGCUUUACAGCGGUGGCCCUUGAUGGCUACGUCUACGUUGUUGGUGGCGAGACCUUCAGCUCCAGGGUGACGGACUCCGUCGAGCGCUAUGACCCUUCAGCAGACCAGUGGACGGAAGUGGCCUCUCUGCCCCGCGCACGCGCAGACCAUGCUUCCUGCUCACUGGGUGGCCGCAUCUAUGUCUCUGGAGGCAUAAGCAAUUUGAAACACCAAUGUUCAAACGUCUUCUGGGUGUACGACCCCUUUGACAACACGUGGCGAGAUGUCACUGAAGGAAGCGUGAUGCCUUACGAAAGGGAAAAACACAAUAUGGUUGCAGUCGGUUCUACCAAGAUCUUCUUUAUGGCCGGACGAGGCUUUGAGCAAGACACCUUCGACGAGAAGGACGAAGCAGAGGUCUGUCACUUCAACGCUGAUGGCCAGCCUGGAGCCAAGCCGGGGGCCAAACCAGUUUGGGAUGUGAAGCACCCGGCCACCUUACACCCACACUCCAACGGUGCUGCUGUUCUUCUGGGUCGCAAUAUCUGGAUGCUGGGCGGCCUCAGCUUCACGAAGGGCGUGCACGUGCGAAUGAGCAGCUUUUAUGACGUCACACGUCGCCGAUGGCGUGACGCCUUCCCGCUGCCCAAAGGCAGCUUCGCUAACGUCGACUGCUGCCUGCUGACGGUUGGCGUCGACAACAAGGCGUUCUCCUUCGCCGACAGACUCAUCUACGACCGCUGGAUAAUGUGGUGAUCGCCGACAGACACAGAGACAGGAUCGUUGACAGCCUCAACUGAAAGUCGUAGAAACAGUCGACAGGCUCACGUGACAAUGGUCGACAGGUUUAAAUUACAGUCGUUGUGAUGGUCGACAGGGUCUAAUUACAGUUAUGACUAUCGUCGACAAGAUGUCUGCAGCUUUUUCUGAUUCUACUCACUAACGACUUCUCAAUUUUGGAGACAAUGUGGGAGGAGAGAAAAGUGGAGAGGAGGAGAGAUGACGACGCAUGCUAUAAAAAUGAGAUUGAUCACAUGGUGUGAUGAUAUAAUCAUUUAGAGUUGAAUGUUAAGAAUAUGGAAGAAAUGAUUGUUGACUUUAGUAAGGACUGGUGUAUUUGACGAACCUACUUAUUAAAGGCGAGGUAAUAAGAAUAGUGGCGAGUUACACAUAUUUAGGCAAAUUAUUAAUGAAUAACUUACUUGGAAAGCUCCUGUAGAGUUAAUAAGAAAGUGUUUCAAGAAGCUGAAGUCUUUUAACGUGCGUUUAGAACUUCUAAAUAUAUUUUACAUUUCUUUUAUAUAUAGCACCAUACCUUUCGAACUAGUGUGCCGGGGGUGGGAAGACUGCUAAGUAUGACAUGCACAAAUAGAACAAAAGCAUAAAAAAAGCAGGACUGGUGGCUGGGAAGGGACAGAACGACAUAGAGACGAUGUAUGACAAGCUUCUGGUUCACAAACUGCAAUUUUAGGCAACGACUCGCACUCACUUGGACAUGAAUUUGACAUUAGACGGGUAGAGAAGAGUUGCUAGAGCUAGAAACACACAUCAUCUGCACUCAGUUAUCCCGGCUGCAAUCCAGUUAACUCCUGAAUAGGACACGCACAUGAAUGCAGAUGACCAAACUAUUUGCUUCCCAUCCCCUUUCCUGGAGUGUCCAUUUAAUAAUAUUAAUAAUAACAAUAAUAACAAUAAGCGUGUGCUUGAGACAAGGAGGAGACAUGAGCAGCAUACAAACGAUUAAAAGAGAAACAACCGAGCAGACAAGUAAUAAAUGACAAAGAAGACGCAAAGAGGUUGAGGAACAAACAGUGAGAAACAGAGAGUAUCAUCUGAGGGGAAAACAAGCAGGUGGACUAGUGAAUAGUUACACCGAUGUUAUACUGUUUUCCUGUUUUGGGGGGUAAUAGGGAUGUGUACAGAUUUUUUUUGAAUCAUUUAGAGGGAGACUGUACGUGCCAGCUUAAAUAAAUUGGAUUUAGGCAGUUUGGGCAACGAGGUAUCCUCUUUAGUUUGUUUUAUUUUUUUUUUUUUAAUUUUGUGUUUAUGUUCAAUGUAAAGCGAUGUUCUCGUGUUACCGCUGAGAGACAAAACUAUUUCAUGAAAAGGAUUUAUAAAGAUAUUUUUUCAUUUUUUAAAUUAAUGUUAUUAUUGUUAAUAUUUCAUUAUGUCUUUUAAUUUUAUUGUUAAGACAUAUUAUGUCUUUGUUCAGUAUCGGCUUUUUUAAAACAUUUCUUGAGAGAGCUACAACAAUAAUGUUUAUGAUGGAACGUUCUCUUUAACAUGAAAAAAUAUUAAAGAGGCUAGAUUUUCUUGCAUUGCUGAGGUUUUGAUCGUGUUUAGUAGUAC